GAGCACAAGCCCCCAAAAAUGGUUUCUUGUUUAUUUUCACUUGUAGCAUUUAUUAUAUUGGCUUCAUCUUCUGUGGAUGCGUUUAAACUCAGCGAGGAAGAAAAUGCUGCCCUUCAAAAAACUUGUGGAACAAAAAUGAGAGAAGCCGAUAGUUACACCCGAAAAGUGCUGAAUGGCACAAUUGCUAAUGCUGGAGAAACUCCAUGGACUGUCGCUCUUUACAUUCCUGACCACCUCGAUCAUUCCGUUUAUACAACCGGCACCCUUGUCUCAAAUCGUCACAUUAUUUCAUAUGAUAGACUCUUCCUCACCAACACAACUGAUGGCAUCAAGCUGAGACAUAACUUGAAGGCUGUUAUUGAGAAGGAUAUGGAAUGCGAAGGAAACGAUUAUUUACUUCCGUCUGACCUUGUUCGCAGUGUUGCAGUAUUCUUGGAUCUGUUGAGUGUUGAACGACAAUCUGGACAUGAACAAUUGGAUGUUAAAAGUGUCAGAAUUCUCAAUGGAUGUGUGAAGUCAUUCCAGUUCAAUAGAGUUGCAGUGAUUGAAUUGAAGAAACCUGUGCAUAAAGGACAAAAUGCUCGGCCAAUUUGUUUCGGAUCUGAUUUUCGUAUUUACACCGGAUACAAGUUCUUUGGCUACGGUGACAAUCGUGGAGCCGUAAAAGACGCAACUCUUCGUCAUACAAAGAUCAAGGAGGUUCCAUGCAAGCACCCAUCAGAAGAUCUUUUCUGUGUGACUGCCGAAAACCCACUUUGUAAUGGAGACUUUGGAGGUGCCGCCGUGAGUAAGUUCCAUGGAUCAGUUCGGGCUUACGGUGUCUAUGUGGAUGGCCCAUAUGAGUGUAACAAGGCAAAUAGGAGAACCGUUUAUACAUUUGCUAACAUGACAAAACUAGCCGAGUCCCUCUGUGAUGUAACUGGUAUCUGCGCUCCAUACCUUCCAAGUCAACAAACUACCGUGACGACUACAAUUACUCCAGUUACAUCCAUCGAUCAUACCAAUACUACUCCAAACCCUGGAUCAUUCACUACAGGAUCAGGUACUGUAACGGGUUCAGAUGGAACUUGCCCCGGAAACCCAUGCAACGGAUUAUGCGUCGAAGAAGAUGAUGAUGAUAUUCAUAUCCACAUUAGACUUGGAAAAUAUAAGAAGACUAGAAAUGAUAAGGAUAUUGAGAUUAUUCGUCGUGGACCUAAAUCUUUUGGAACAAAAUCUAUUUGAAAAUGAUAACGAUUUAAUAACAUAUUGAACAUUU